GUCUCAUCCUCACCUUUGUGAGUUUGUUCACACACUCGAGCACAUUUCAAAAACCAAACAUCACAAAAAAAGAGCACCAAAGUUUUCACAAGAAUGUCUCUUAUAACUGACGAGGUGAGAGCCAAGGCUGAUGAGUUCUACCAAGGUGAUGCUAUCUGCCAGGAGAAGUCAAAGUUCUUGCUCACAGAGAAGGGUCUCCCCAAUGGGCUUCUGCCCAUGAAGGACAUGGUGGAAUGUGGCUACAUCAAAGAUACUGGCUUUGUUUGGCUCAAGCAGAAGAAGAGCACCACCCACAAGUUUGAGAAGGUUGGGAGGCUGGCGAGCUAUGCAACUGAGAUCACAGCCACUGUUGAGAAAGGCAAGAUCAGUAAGCUGACUGGAGUCAAGACCAAGGAGCUCUUGGUCUGGGUGUCACUCAGUGACAUCUAUUUGGAUGACCCCCCAACUGGGAAGAUCAUCUUCAAGUCUCCUACAGGGCUAUUCAGGACAUUUCCUGCCUCGGCUUUCGAGCUUGAUGGACCUGAUGGUGGCAAGGCAUUGGAGGUCAAUGAGGAGGAGGUCAAGGACGUCCCCGGAGCUGUGGAGGUCUAGGCUGAUUGCUAUAGAUUUCAAGGUGUAUGAUCUGUAAGAGCACUACUACCAGAGCGAAGAUGAAGGCUUUGCUUUAUUUCUAGGUCUAUUUUGACCAUAUGUAAUUCAAGUACUUUUACUAGUGCCAGCUUUCGUAUGAAAUAAAAUUUACAUUUCCCUAAA